GCCGCCGCUCGGACGCUCUCACUUCGUCUCUUCCGAGCAGCCGAGGUCCGAGCGGAGACUGACACUGGAAACUAUAAACUACAGAACCCCCCGCAAGUCGGACCCGGGACGGAUUCAACCUGUCCGUGCCAAAACAAAAAAAACAACGACCCCAAAACCCAGCCGUGCGUAAUUGCGCGUAAAAGCCAAAAAACAAUGAGUGCCACGACAGCGAUGGAAGUGAACGCCGAAGCCAGACGCAUCCUGGCGGUGUCGAUAAGCAAGCUGUACGCCUCCCGGACCCAGAGGGGAGGACUCCGACUCCACCGGAGCCUCCUGCUCUCCCUGGUCAUGAGGUCCGCCCGGGACAUCUACCACUCCUCCCGGGAGAGCGAGGAGCUGUGCGGCCCGCAGCCCGCAGCGGAGGAGCCGGAGCAGCCGAUGGACACCGGCUCCCGCCCGGGGGAACGCGCCGGGCUGCCCGAGCCCCAGCCCCGGCAUGAGCCCGCGCUGAGCCCGUCCCCAUCAUCAGCACCGCCGCCGGUGCCGCGCGCGGAGGAGCCGGCCAGCGCGGGGGAAGGGUGCGACGGGGAAACCUCAGAGGACAAAGAGAACUGGAGUCCGGCGAGGCGGUCCAGGAAGCGCCGCGGCAAGGCGUCGGCGGCGCCCGACUUCCUCCCCAGCAAGAGGGCGAGGCUGGAGCCCGGGGAGGAGCGGUACGCGGCCCCGCUGGGCAGCUGCCGCGCGGCGGCCGGCCUGUCCCUGAGCGCGCGCUCUCUCAACCAGGUCAUAGCUGCGUUCUGAGCGCACGGUGCCAGAGGACACGACCUCCAGUGGAGUGGACUCUCAACGUAACCUACAAACAGGGCGACUUGAUCCCCCUACACCUUUACGCGCGCCGAGGAGCUGACCCACAUCGGCUUGUCCCGGGACAGGGUGAUAACCGGGAGGGGGUUCGCGCAUGGUGUGACCUCCUCCUCCUCCCCGCUCGAUCGAGGAGAGGAAGAACCAGAGGACCAGGCCGGACGCGGGGAAAUCCAGGCCCCGGAUAAACGAGUUCGUAUCGGCGAAACCGAAGGUUGAACUGGUUCAUGUGAAGGGAUUCACCUUCGACUCCAAUGAGUCCGAACAAGAACAAGUGACUGCUGCUGACUCAAAGUGUGUGUGUGUGUGUGUGUGUGUGUGUGUGUGUGAAUCAGCAGAGACUGAUAUGAGUCAGUCAGAAGAAGAAGUGUUGACUACAGAGCAACACACACACACACACACACACACAAACAGGACUUCUGGGAACUUCCUGCCUUUUGUUCGAGGAUAUCAGACUGUGACACUGAAAGAGGAAGAGCAGUGGACACACUCACACUCUCACACACACUCACACUCUCACACACACACUCACACUCUCACACACACACUCACACACACACACACUCAGCUGCUGCUGUGGACUUUGAUGAAUCAAUACUACUGCUCUGCCGAUUCAUGGAAAAGUGUGCGAGUGUGUGUGUCACUGAAAACGUUCUUGUUCAAGAAAAAAAACAUUCUUACCUCAAAUUACAAGCUGCUGCUGCUGAUUCUUUAUUUUUUUGUAUUUUAUUUCGUAUAAUUUUUAAUAUAUAUGGUU